AUGUCGUUUCACGUGGAUGCAGCGUAUGCUGGAAGUGCUUGUAUAUGUCCAGAGUAUAGACAGUACAUUGACGGAGUAGAAACUGCAGACUCUUUUGACAUGAAUGCUCACAAAUGGUUGCUCACUAAUUUCGAGUGUUCCCUACUUUGGGUGAAGGAUCAAUCUGCUCUCACUGAAGCUCUUUCAACAAAUCCAGAGUAUCUCAAAAACAAAGCAUCUCAGGCAAACUUGGUUGUUGAUUACAAAGAUUGGCAAAUCCCUCUUGGACGCCGAUUCACGUCACAGAAACUAUGGAUGGUUUUACGGCUCUAUGGAGCUGAGAACCUGAAGAGCUAUAUAAGAAACCAUAUCAAACGGGCUAAAGAUUUGUUGAAAAAUAAACUUGAUUUGGAUCAAACAUUAUUGGGUUAA